AUGACUUCUUUCACUAGUGAGCUCCACUUCCAACCUCCCUAUCACUCUGUAGUCAUCUCGCUGUCAAAACAGAACGAACCAUACUCAUCUACUGUACAUAUUGCGCGAGUCAUCUCUUCGAUACAUAUUCUCCACUCCGUGUCGAUACCUUUCCCCACCACGACCUUUCCCUUUAAGCGAACUGCAACCAGAAGCAAUUGUAUUCAGGUUCUUCCCUAUCACGCAAGGACCUCCACCAUGUCUGACCCAAACCAGUCCGACGAAUCAGCCAAGACCCGCCCUCCAAACCCGAUUGACAUGGCCGCUCUUGACACGAAUUCCCAGAUGGCACAGGCUGACUGCACCAACUGCUGCAACGACUGUUGUGGCGCUACUUGUUUGGGCGCUUGUCUAUACGGAUGCGCGGACGCAGAUUGCUGUACGAAUUGCUUUUAA